CAAUAUUCCAAUUCCAACUAAUCAUAAACCGUAACAUUACUUAGCUCCAUUUUUUACGCAGCCCCAAAGCGGUAUAAAACGACACAAAUCACAAUUAUCAAUCAUAAUUACUCUCUAAGUUUCACUUUUCUCCAGAGUUUGAAAUGGGGGUAUACCUUAGCACUCCCAAAACUGGAAAAGCCUCAGAGGAUGGUGAAAAUGAGAGGCUUAGAUAUGGAUUGUCGUCUAUGCAGGGUUGGCGAGCUACUAUGGAAGAUGCUCAUGCUGCGUUCACUAAUUUGGAUGAUUCAACCUCUUUCUUUGGAGUUUAUGAUGGUCAUGGGGGAAACGAAGUUUCCAAAUUUUGUGCCAAGUUUCUCCAUCAACAGGUGUUGAAUGAUGAAGCGUAUGCUGCUGGUGAUCUCGAAAAUUCUGUUAGAAAGGCUUUUCUCAGAAUGGACGAAAUGAUGUGUGGAAGAAAAGGACAGAAGGAGUUGGAACUACUGAGGGGUAAAGUGGACAAGUCCACUAGUAAUGUAGAAAAUUUACAAAAGACUGAAGAAGAUAAUGGCAAGGAUUUCUUGUCCUUGGAUGAAGGAACUCCCUCAGAUUACAGUGGCCCAAGUUCUGGAAGCACAGCAUGUAUUGCAAUUAUCCAAAAUAAUCAACUGCUUGUUGCAAAUGCUGGUGACUCCAGAUGUGUCAUGUCUCGCAAGGGAAAGGCAUUCGAGUUAUCCAAAGAUCACAAGCCAGAUCAUGCUAUUGAGAAAAAAAGGAUAUUAGAUGCUGGUGGGUAUGUACAAUAUGGGCGGGUCAAUGGGAGCUUGAACCUGUCAAGAGCAAUUGGUGAUAUGGAGUUGAAGCAAAAUAGAUCAUUGCCUGCUGAAAAGCAAAUUGUCACAGCAAACCCUGAUAUAAUUAAGGUUGAGCUUUCUGAAGAUGAUGAAUUUCUUAUAGUAGCAUGUGAUGGGAUAUGGGAUUGCAUGUCAAGUGAACAAGCAGUUGAUUACGUGAAACAACAGUUGAACUCUGAAAAGAAGCUCUCUGUGGUGUGCGAGAGAGUAUUUGAUAGGUGUUUGGCACCAUCGUCUGGGCUGGAAGGCUGUGAUAACAUGACGAUGAUCGUGGUGCAAUUCAAGAAAGCUUUAUUCUCAAAACCAUCUUCAUCAGAACAGGUUGUGCCCUCACAGUAAAACAUGUGGAAGAAUUUGUCGGGCUCACAAGUCUCACUCCUCUGGGUGAAACAAGCUGAAAUUUCGAUCACUAGUGAUCAGAUUCGGCAAAUUUUUACUCAACGCCUUCUGUAAAUACCAGUGUUUUAGCCAUGUAGCUUCUGCUAGGAACUCGGCACCAAGGUAAAAGGUUUUCUGACGAGUUGAUUCAGUAGGAAAUGAUGGCAUAUAUUGCUGGAAUAAGGAUUGAUUUUCUACGUUGAAAGAAUAAUGCACUAGUUCGUUACUGUGGUUUGGGCUGAUUUCAUUGGAAUUUAUGCAUCGCUUUGUAUUCGGUGUUUAUGGAAUGCACAUUUGGAUUAAUUGCACGAGUAAAACAAAUAAUCAAAUUGGUGAGUUAUCACA